UUGAAUUGAGAAAUCUGAUACUGAAAGGUUGGCAUAGAUUAUUCAGUGUGCUUCAGUCUUCAGUGCUUCAGUCUUCAGUGCUUCAGUCUUCAGUGUGCUUAAUGUGCUUCAAUGUAUAAUACUCGGGGCUGCUAGCGAUGAUUGCAGGCACUUGGGGAUACGGCGGGCUUUGGGUGAAAUCAUCGUGAGAGGGUGUGACGACGUUUCGCCACGUGACGUCAUGGAUGCACUCCGUGAAGUUCCCUCAGUAUCCGCGUAUUCUGUCAGUUUGGUAUGCGCGUUUUGAUUGUGGGUUUUGGUAUGCGGGUUUUGGUAUGCGGGUUUUGGAUUGUAGGUGUUUGGAUUGUAGGUGUUUGGAUUGUAGGUGUUUGGAUUGUAGGUGUUUGGAUUGUAGGUGUUUGGAUUGUAGGUGUUUGGAUUGUGGGUGUUAUAAUUGUGGGUGUUAUAAUUGUGGGUGUUAUAAUUGUGGGUAUUUUGGGAUUCCUUGCAUUUAGGAUCCCACGAGUUCUGUGAUUCUACACGUUUUGGGACUCCACGUAUUUUGGACUCCACGGAAAUUAGAUUCCACGAGUUUUAGAUUCCAGGGAUUUUGGACUCCACGUAUUUAGAUUCCACGUUUUUGGACUCCACGUAUUUUG